CUGGUGUCUAAUGGCACAGACAACCACACCUCUGAGCUCUCCGUAGAAACACCUCUGGGAGAAAACCACACACCUCAGCAGCACACACCGAGCCCAACAGGAACUUUCCGCAGGACAGGAGACAAACAACCGAAUAGGCACGUUUGUUUGAGGCUGUCUCGACUGACCUCGGGAUCCGGCAGGUUACAGAGUUGGUACAUUUCCUAAGCCCCAGGCUUCUGUGCUGGGACUGGAGGGAGGGAAGCGUAAGUAGGGUGGCAGGACGGGUGGGAGAGUACUAUAAAACUAGUGUAAAGUUUGUGUGUGCACUACUAGACUGGUUGAGCCCAGAUCCAAUCUUCCCCCUAGCAGCCUUCCCUGCGGUGAGCCGGAGAGACGGCGGUGGCUGUGGCAGCCCAAGGAGUAGCAACCACAAAAGCAGCAGCAGCAGGAGCAGCAAGAGCAGGAGCAGCCGGCUCCAGCUCUGCAGAACAGCACUCCCACCCUUGAUCCCCACCCCCUUGCUCUCUGCCCAACCUCGCUUAGUCUCAGUUGGCUGCUCUGCUCUCCUCGCUCGACUCUGACUUCGGUGAAACCUCGUCCUGUGCUAGCCUCGCCAGCGGACUUGUCGGGCGCCGAACAUGGCUGAGCGCCCUGCCACCCCUCGCGCCUGGUCUCGCCUGCUGGUCUUACUCUCCUUGGCUGCUCUCUGGAGCUGCCUGCGGGCGCGUUUCGCAGCUGAGGCAGACCCCAAAGACCCGGAGGCAGAGGCAGAGAUGGUGGUUUUCCCAGAGUCACCCUGGCAGAGACCCACGGUGUUCGUGACCAUCCUGGCCCGCAACGCUGCGCACACGCUGCCUCAUUUCUUGGGCUGCUUGGAGCGGCUGGACUAUCCUAAGGACAGAAUGGCGAUCUGGGCAGCCACAGACCAUAACAUUGAUAAUACAACAGAAAUUCUCAGAGAGUGGCUGAAGAAUGUGCAAAAAUUAUACCACUAUGUGGAGUGGAGGCCUAUGGAUGAUCCUCAGUCUUACCCUGAUGAAAUUGGACCAAAGCACUGGCCGGGAUCCCGAUUUACCCAUGUGAUGAAACUCCGGCAGGCUGCCCUUCGAACUGCGAGGGAAAAAUGGUCAGACUACAUUCUGUUUAUAGAUGUCGACAAUUUCUUGACCAAUCCACAGACCCUCAAUCUGAUGAUCUCCGAGAACAAGACUAUAGUGGCCCCCAUGUUGGAAUCCCGAAGCCUCUACUCUAAUUUCUGGUGUGGAAUCACACCCCAGGGCUACUACAAACGGACCCCCGACUACAUUCAGAUUAGGGAAUGGAAGAGAAGAGGCUGCUUUCCUGUUCCCAUGGUCCAUUCCACAUUCCUCAUUGACCUCAGGAAAGAGGCCUCCCAGAAUCUGAUGUUUUUUCCCCCCCACCAGGACUAUUCCUGGACUUUCGAUGACAUCAUCGUCUUUGCUUUCUCCAGUAGGCAAGCAGGUAUUCAGAUGUAUCUUUGCAACAGAGAACACUAUGGCUACCUGCCCAUCCCACUGAAGCCACACCAGACCCUGCAAGAGGACAUCGAGAACCUCGUCCAUGUUCAGAUUGAAGCAAUGAUUGAUCGUCCUCCAAUUGAACCCUCCCAGUAUGUCUCAGUCGCUCCCAAAUAUCCAGACAAGAUGGGAUUUGAUGAGAUUUUCAUGAUAAACCUCAAACGGCGGAAGGACAGACGGGACCGAAUGUUGCGCACGCUUUAUGAACAAGAGAUCGAGGUCAAAAUUGUAGAGGCUGUGGAUGGAAAGGCCCUGAAUACGAGUCAACUGAAAGCUCUCAAUAUUGAUAUGCUACCUGGGUACAAGGACCCCUAUUCUUCCAGGCCACUGACAAGGGGUGAAAUUGGUUGCUUUCUUAGCCACUAUUCUAUCUGGAAGGAGGUAAUUGACCGAGAACUGGAGAAGACACUUGUUAUUGAGGACGAUGUGCGUUUUGAACAUCAAUUUAAGAAGAAACUUGUGAAGCUGAUGGAUGACAUCGACCAUGUGCAGCUGGACUGGGAAUUGAUUUACAUUGGUCGGAAGAGAAUGCAAGUGCAAGAACCAGAGAAGGCUGUGCCCAAUGUCAUGAAUCUGGUCGAGGCUGAUUACUCCUACUGGACACUGGGCUAUGUCAUCUCCUUGGAAGGAGCUCAGAAGCUGGUUGGAGCUGAUCCCUUUGGGAAAAUGCUGCCAGUAGAUGAGUUCCUGCCUAUUAUGUACAACAAACAUCCUGUUGCGAAAUACAUGGAGUACUAUGAGCCUAGGGAUCUCAAAGCUUUCUCCGCUGAACCCUUACUCAUCUAUCCCACCCAUUACACGGGGCAGCCUGGCUACCUGAGCGACACAGAGACAUCCACCAUCUGGGACAAUGAGACCGUGUCCACCGACUGGGACAGAAAGCACUCUUGGAAGUCUCGGAAGCAGGAACACAUCCAGAGCAAUGCCCAGAACACAGAUGCUUUGCCUCCCACCACUUCCCUGGGCACAGCACCCUCCAGGGAUGAGUUAUGAUGGACCUAGUGGUUCUGUCUACAACCGGACCUGCCUCUCCACUUUUUGGUUGUCUUUAGAGAUAAUCCUCCAAUCCCCCCCCCUUUUUUUAUUUCAUUGCCACUCUCAGAAAUCAAGUUGAUUUGACUCGUCUGAAAGUAGUAAAUUAUUAGAAGGGAAAGGCAAUGAAGGUAAUUUAAGUAGAAGGCUCUAGGAAGAUGGAAAGAUAGGCUUUUUUUUAACUUUAAGGUAUUUUUUAGUUUGGUUUGGUCAGACAUUUGGGUUCAUCCCUUUUAUGAAGUAGCAGCUCAUGCGAAGGUCAGGACCUAAAGCUGAGUGAUCGGGAUCCCUAUAAGCUAAUCACCAGGCUGUCAGGGGACCCAGCAAUGAGCUGUAGAGACAAGAGCAACAACUGGAUGUCAAGCCACAAUGCAGUUGUUUUAUGGUUAUGGGCGUGCACCUCUUUAUGCAAUCUCCAUUGCUGAAAACUGCAUUUAAGUCAAAGUAUUUUUUCAGUUGAAUUAUCACUUAAAUGCAGUAGUGAGAUAUCUAGGGGAAUCCUGCUCUGCCCUCUUUUGGAAGACAAAGAUAACUUUUGCAAGGACAGAGAAACUUUUUCUUUUGUAUGACCUGAAAUUGCCACGUAUCAUCUUUGUGAAAACGAGAUAUCCUGACAUUUUGGUUGAUUUGGGAGCCCAGUAGAACUCGUGUUUUAUGCUUUCUAUUCUGGGCUUGGAACUUGACCAUCAUAACAUUCCAGAACCCCAAGGUGACUAUUCCCAACAACUGUCCCAAGUCCCAUGACAUCGUCUAAACAUUUUCUGAGUUGACAUCAGUUCUUUUAGAGUUCUCGUUAAGAAAUGCUCUGUCUUUUGCCUUCCUCCUUAUGAUCGCUGCAGUUAGGAUGCUCCAUUUCUAAUGAUACAUUUAAUAGGUAAGGGACUAUGAUGAUUGUGUAGUCUAACUCCUAUCCAGAGUUUUCCUAGAAUGACCAUAACAUUUCCAUUCUCUCCUCCAAAGUCUGUAUCACAAAAGAUGCUUUAGAUGUGAAAUUUUAUGCAGAUAUCCAGAAACAGGCAGAAGUUGCGGGUGAAAGAGAAAAGAAGACAAAUAUAAAUAAAUAAAUAAAUAAAUGAAUAAAUAAAUAAAUAAAUGAAAGGGAAGGAAAAAGAGAAAGGGAGGGGGAAGGGAGAGAGAGAAAGAGAAAGGACAAAGAGGGAAGGAAAGAGAUAAUGAGAAGGGGCAGAUUUCCAGACCAACAAAUGUCUUUUCUGUGGAUAAUUCAUUACAUUUUAAAUAUUCCUCUUAUAAGUCAUCUUUAAAAGUAUAUGAUGGCUUUGGGAUGCUUAGGUUCUGACUUUGUCGUUUUGGUACCCAUCAUUCCUCAAAUUCCCAGCACAGCUCUCCCCUAGGAACCUGCUCUUCUGGGAAUUCUAGCCACCAGAAGAGCGAACAGCAAGCCUGUCUUUUGGGUGACCUCAAAUGGUCACAUAUCAUCUCUGUUAAACUGAAAUUCGCUUCCUUGAUGCAUGGAUUGCACCUCCCAGGCACAAAUGAGAAGCCAUAACUGGAGAUAUUGAGUUGGCUUAACAAACAAACUAGGAAACUACUGGCUUAUGAGAUAGAAAGAUCUCUUACCAAACUCUGGGCCAUAUUAAGUAAAAUCUCCACCAAGACUCUGUUUUCACCUCCUCUUUCACUGACUUUAUAUGAAAAAGAAGAAGCAAGAAUUAAAUGAUGACGGAGGUCCUGCUCAGUUCUAACAUUUGACGAUUCUGUACUCUAUUGGCCCAAGCUUAAAUUUUAGGUUCCAUGGUCCCAAAAAAGUGCCUUCUGAAACAGUUUCCCUGCCGUAUAAAUCCUGCUUUCAUGUUCUUCCCUGCCCUGCAGGGGCUAAUUGGGUAGUGGCUGCGUCCAUGCAGAAAGUCGCUAUUUUUGCCUUUAACUUUUUUGGAGUGAAAGAAGAGUCCUUCAUAGUAGCUCAGGCUAUAGAUAUAUAACGCUCACCAUGCUUAGCAUUGUGGGUACAAUGGCAGCCAUGGAACAAAAGGACAAUUUACCUUUCGUUGUGUUGGCUCAGGUUUGUCCUUGCUUGGCUAAAUGUUAAAUAUUCUUUAAUUUGAAGAAGCAAGCAAAUGCUAAACAGGAAAUGUUUUAAAAAUCAGAAGCCAAAAAAAAAAAAGUCAGAAGCCAAGUGGCUCAGUGGAUAGAGAACCAGACGUGGAGAUGGAGGUCCAAGGUUCAAAUCUGGCUUCAGAUAAUUCCUGGCUAGAUGACCCUGGGCAAGUCACUUAACCUCCAUUUCCUAGCCCUUUCCACCCUUCUGCCUUGGAACCAAUAGUUUGUAUGGAUUCUAAGACGGAAGGUAAGGGUUUUAAAUAAAAAAAUCAGAACCCUUUCCACCCUUCUGCCUUGGAACCAAUAGUUUGUAUUGAUUCUAAGACGGAAGGUAAGGGUUUUAAAUAAAAAAUCAGAAGCCAAGAAAUCCUGUUGGAUUCCCAGUUGCCUUGCUUGGGCUUAGCUGCAUACUUCUUUUGUAAGGAUCCUGAAAUAACAGGGAAAUUGGAGGGAAUGGGGAAAGCUGUAAUUGAUUUCCUAGGAUGAUUUAAUAUUGGAUGUUUUGUACUUUGUGUGUGUGUGUGUGUGUGUGUAAAUUGAGGUGGGUGUCUGCAGAGUGAGUGAUUUGGGUGCAUGGGAGGUGGGGAAAGGGUAGACAAGUGGGAGCGAUUGUUCUGUGUUUUUGCUUGUUUCGGGUAUGAAACGAGCAUUACUCGUGUUUAUUAAUAUUCCCUGUCAGCCGGUCUGAUAGUGUUGUAAAUGUCCAUUCUUAAGUUCUGGAACUUUAGAGUAGAACUGUUCUACUGUGAAUCAGGCUCUUUCCCCUUCUGCCUUGGCCUCUCCCUGGUCCGUCGCUCUCAGGUUGGCGGUCUUGAACAUGACUUUCUUCACAAAGGAAACAGAAGAACUUUGUGAUCCCCAGCAGUGACUUUGGGGGUAGAGAACGGACGGGGAUGGCAGAGAUGUUUUCAAAGCUGAUCUUCUCACCAAUCCCCCGACAACCUUCUCAAGCUUCACUCCCCAUCCUUCUUGCCUCACUCACAAUGGUCAGCUUUCCAAAGUGACAUCUUGAACAGCAGAGGAUGAGGCCCGUGGUCUCCGGUUGCUGUGCCCACCAGCCUCAGAACAUAGUCUACCAUGACUAAGGGCUUCCUCCAUAUGGAGACAGAGGCUUUCACCAUCAAUGCUGCUGUUAUUUCUUAAAUGCCCAAUGCAUCAAAAGACAGAAAAAAAAUACAUGAUGGUCCACCCUCUUUGGUGUUCCCAUUUUCCAAGAUGGCACUUAUACAUAGUGACUGCCAUUGGAAUCUUGAUGCUUAAUGAUGUCUUCACGCUGUCUGUACCUUCGAGUUGGUGUGUGAUUGUUGGUGAGGGUUGGGGCCCCAAAUCAUGAACUAUUUAUUCGCUUUCCUGGAGCUCUUUUUAAUAAACUAAACAAAUAAAUGUAGACCAAAAAAAAAA